AUGAAAGUCAGGUCCUCCAGGUUGAAUGUAGCAUGGAAUGCUCUCUGCACCGGUGAACAAGAGCAAAGUCACUCAGCAGGUACUGAUAUAGUUCAUGGUAGAUGGUAUUUAUUAUAGAAUUGCAUAAUUGAGUAAAAUCAUGCAUUCUGAUUGGUUAACGAAGAGAGGUAUUCAGUGUGGAAUUGCGAGUUGAAAACGAGGCUAAGGGAUGUUUUUUCGCAUCUACGUAACAACUAUCGUCAAAUUGUAACACAACAACUGCAAAAAAGGUUUUCUACAAUGUCAUUUUAAAAUGUUUUCAAAAUCAUUGUCACCUUUUUUAUAUCCUUUCUUAACAUACUGUAAUGUCGCCUGGUCCUCCACCUACUGUUCCAGCCUAAACUGUAUUUACCCUUUGCAAAAGCGUCUAGUGCGGCUCAUAACAAAAGCUCACUAUCUAGCAAAUACCGCCCCUUUGUUUAGCCGGCUUAAAGUCCUUGACAUAUUUAGUAUUAAUUUAUUUUCUCUCACUACUUUUAUGUAUUGUUAUCACCAUAAUCUUUUGCCUAGUAGCUUGCGUGACUUGUUCUUAAGUAGUAAUCUGAAGUCCAUCAAUACCAAAAUUCGACUGGCCUCUCAGUAUAGACCUCAUUUUUGUAGAUCAAAUAUAAAGCAAUUCAGCAUCCUUUACCGAGGACCUAAAAUCUGGAAUUCGUUGCCUGUUUCACUAAUUAGCUCUCCUUCUAUAUUUGUUGUUACAAAAAAUUUAAAGAAUUAUCUCACUGAUAGCCGAUCUGUCGCUUAAUUUUCUGAUCUUGCUCACUCUGCACUCAGCCAUGAAUUUAGUUUUCUAGGUAGUUGAAGGAAGCCUAUUAAUACGGCUUCAAGCUUCGUUAGACUUCCUUGUCACAUUAAUUUUAUAAUUUAAUUAACAGUCCUUUUGUUUAUGUUGUAUAAGGUUUUGUGAGUGACUAAAUAAAUAAAUAGUUAAAAACAAACAAAAGCAUUUUUUAAAGUGAUCCGGAGGUUCUUCCUUGUUUUGAACUAAACUACAAAUUCUUGGAGAGGUAUAAAAAACCCCUUUCGCUAGCGACAAUGAGAAAACAAGAAAAUCCUGUCAACACAGCCCAGAAAAUAACAAGCCAAAUUCAAACAAACAAAACGGAGAAGCGACAAUGGAGGAAGUGCCAGGGUCAAUUGUCACAUAUACAGAAGAAGAAAUAAAUACCUUCAAAGAUCACAUUGUCCCUGAAAACACGAAAAAGAGUACGCCACUUGCAUUCAUCCUGAGUCGUGGUACUUAGAAAAGUACAAAACAGAGCUGAACUUGAACAGCAUUUUUAAAACAUUUCAAGGUACUUACCUUAUAUCAAUCGCAACGUUAAACUUUCAGUGCUUUGCCUUGGACACUUCAUUUCUUUCAGUUUUGCUACCGAAGAGGUAAAAGGUGUAAAUUAUUUUCCUUCGCGAGCAAAUGACCAAUUUGAAAAAGGAUUAUAGAUAACCGGCUUGUAAAUUCAGUGAAAUACCUCUAUUUAUCCUUACAAUCAGUGUGAAGCUUGUUCAUGUGUAAAAAAGUUUGAAAACAAAUGUAAAAACAAGCACAAGGUACAAAAAAAGUUGUCAAAGGUUCAAACGUGUAUGACUGACCUUGCUUCCUAUUCGCUAAUGCAAUGAUAGGUUUGACAUUUGACUUUGAAAUGGCUUUCUGGAGCGCGUGCUCAGGAUAAAAACAAACAAUAUUAUGGGUGUUUUCUUUUUUUUUCUGAUUUUUAUUUGAUUAUGCGAUUCAAGGAAAAUCCAUUACCUGACUCAUGAAUUCCACGUUAAAUUGCACUUGAAAACCGAUAUCGGUUUUCGUGUGCAAUUUAACGUGGAAUUCCCUCGUCAGGUAAUGAAUUUUCCUAUAAAACUUACUAAUAUACGUGGAAAAAUUUCUUGAAUCAGAUUGGCUUAGAGCAGUGCAGUUUUUAGUAAACACAGUACAAAAACAAGGAAACAUAAUGCAAAAAUAAGGAAAUAAAGUGCGAAUUUCUCAGAGAAUGAAAACCUGUGAUUGGCUAAUAAACAAUCAGUGUUCUCCAGAAGCGCGGGCAACUGGCAGUUUCACUGGGAACUCUUUUCCAAAGUGCCAGCUACUCUUAUGAGUCAAAACAUAAAAAAAAACUGUCUGUAACUUUUAUCUUCAAUUUUUCGUAAGUUCCAUUUUUUUCCGCGAAGGAUAAAACGGCACCCAAAGCAAAUCAUGUUAAUUCAUUUCUUAGAAUACUAGAACAUGCAAUUUUAUCGGGAAAAUAACAAACAAACAAAAAAGCCACAAGAGCUUGUUUGAAAGUUUAUCGAAAAACAUGAAAAUACAUGGAACUAAAGUGCCUUGAACAGCUACAAAAGAAGACAGUUGUUGUUUAUUCAUGGUUGCGAAGCCACUCGCUGAGAAACUUGCCGAUAGAUAGCUGCGGCUUGUUUAUCUGACAUGAAGAAUAUAAAUCACAAGCAACUACAAUACACGCUAUGCAGCCAUUCACUACAGCAAUCGAGGCGUCAGUAAAGCUUCUUUUCUUGUUCAGCAAAACCAGCUUGUGGCUUCAAACAACGUCAUAACAAGCGACCAAGGUAAUAGUUUUUCUCCGUUGUUCUUACUUUUGUAACUGCUCCAAAAAUCCAAAUUCACAGUAAUUUUGAUGGCUGUUAAGAAUUAUUUUUCUUCACAUUAUCUGCCAGGUUUUUUUAGCUGUCCCGCUGUGUAAAAUCCUAGAAUCUCGAUGAGUUUUUAAAAGUGUUCAUCUUUACAAUGUUUUGAUUUUUCAUUCAUCCAGUCCAGGAGAGUCGGUUCAUGCGUUGACAGUUCUGAUAGACAUGUGACAUGUGAAUAGCGGAACUCCCUUGUCUUUUCUGGUUUGUUCUAACAAGAUUCAAAGGGAUUUUGUGGGCGUUUUUAAUAAAAUAAUUAUUCCACUUGCGCUUGUUGGAUGAGAUGAUUAUUGCCAACUCGGCGCUAUGCGUCUCGUUGGCUAUUUUCCAUCUCAUAUCCAACGUGCCCUCGUGGAAUAAUUGUUAAUUAUAAAAUAACUAAGAUAGUACGUGCAUUCUGAUUGGUUAAAAACCAAUAGUUUAUUGUGCCGGUAAAAUCAUAGAAAACUGAAACAUGCUUUAAAGUUAUUUUAUAAAAGUAAAAGACCACAUUUUCUAAAGGUUUGCUGGUGUGAUAACCCACUUGGGAUGUAGGGAGAAGACUGGAAAAGCUUGUAAACCACCAGCUUAACUUCUCAGAUCUCUGGGCCUCAUGCCCCCAAACCCCCCCUUAGAUACGGUACUCUCGCUUUACCAGCACUUGGUGUCAGGCACCAGUUACUUUACAUUGGGAGCUGGCUACUCUAAAACUUCUGGAGAACACUGAACAAUAGAAAUAUAUAAGAACCAAUGAGCCUCAGGUGUCACAAUCUGCUUGCUUAUCUUCUUAGCCAUGGAAGAACAUGAAAGUCAGGUCCUCCAGGUUGAAUGUAGCAGAAAAUGCUCUCUGCUUGGCGAACAAGAGCAAAGUCAAUCAGCAGGUACUGAUAUAGUUCAUGGUAGAUGGUAUUUAUUAUAAAACUUAAUAAUAUACAUGGAAAAAUUUCUUGAAUGAGAUUGGCUUAGAGCAGUGCAGUUUUUAGUAAACACAGUAAAAAAAACAAGGAAACAUAAUGCAAAAAUAAGGAAAUAAAGUGCAAAUUUCUCAGAGAAUGAAAACCUGUGAACAAUCAGUGUUCUCCAGAAGCGCAGGCAACUGGUGGUUUCGCUGGCUACUCUUAUGACUCAAAACAGUAAAAAAAAACUGUCUGUACCUUUUAUCUUGAAUUUUUCAGAAGGUCCUAAAAGAAACAAAAACAAUAGCUUGUCGUACAAAAAGCUCUUUGGUGUAUGACAAUUUGCCUUUUGCUAAUGGUAUUAUCGAUAUAUUUACUGAAUGAUUUUUGAUGAGACAUUGCCAGAUAAUAUUUUUUAAUUAUAAAAUAACUAAGAUAGUACAUGCAUUCUGAUUGGUUAAAAACCAAUAGUUUAUUGUGCUGGUAAUCUCAUAGUAAACUGAAACAUGCUUUAAAGUUAUUUUAUAAAAGUAAAAGACCACAUUUUCUAUGGAUUUACCAGCAUGAUAACUCACUUGGUUCUUGGGAGAACUCUGGAAAAACUUGUAAAUAACGAGCAAAACUUCUCAGAUCUCUGGGCUUAAUGCCCCCAAACCCCUCCCUUAGAUACAGUACUCUCGCUUUAUCAGUGCUUGGUGUCAGGCACCAGUUCCUUUGCUUUGGGAGCUGGCUACUCUAAAACUUCUGGAUAAUGUAUCGGUCAAAUCGAAGCUUCAACAUGCCCCCCCCCGGGCAAGCCCCCGGGCAUUUGACUUUUUUGAAAAUUAUUGUUCAAAUUCCCCCCUACCCGGGCCCAAAAUGCCGUUCAAAUGCCCCACACUAGGGUCCAUUCAGGUGAUCAAAUGCCCCCAUCCUGGGGACAUUUCACAGACACAAAAAUGACAGAAGGACGGCGGAAACACCUUCAGAAAAAAAUCACAAAAUCACAAAAUCUUUAUAAAUAUAACAAAAACACUGUUAGCGUAUUUACUACGAACAAAAAACUCAUGCAAAGCGGCAGAAAUCGCUGCUACAAGGUCACUGAAUGCUCAGCUUUUCUUCAUCAUGCAACAUCCAAAGGGUUCUAUAAAAAACGAUCCCCCCCAUUGAGAUUACUAUAUCAUGACCAUUUCACUGACAUGCAUCAUUGCUCACCGUAUAAAUUAACAUACUUGCAGUAGGUCAAAGUAGUUGACCUGAGCUUUUUAUUUUAUUUUAUUCUAUUUUAUGUUGUAGUAUUGAAUCGCUGGCAUAGGUAUUGUAUUUCAUUGUAAACACAACAAUAACAUACAUUCAUACAUUCAAAGCCUGAAUCCAGUAUUAAAAAUUUUAAAAUUUAAAUACUUCAAAAACGGCACAAUUUAGCUUGUUUAAGCCCUUUCCUUGUAACCAAUUGGCCACAAAGGCACAAUCUUUUCCUCGAAAAUCCUCUAACACCGCGUCCCCCAUGAUAGCUCGUCACGCCAAAGAUUUUACAUGAAAUCGAGGGUGUAGUUCAAAUUCCCCACCCCUAAAGCCUGGGGAUCAAAUUCCCCACCCCCUGGAAGACUCUGAUAAUCAAAUUCCCUCCUCCCCGGGACAGCAAAGGUGUCAAAUGCCCGGGGUAUGCCCGGGGGGGGGCAUGUUGAAGCUUCGAUUUGAGCGAUACAUAACACUGAACAAUAGAAAUAUAUAAGAACCAAUCAGCCUCAGGUGUCACAAUCUGCUUGCCCAACUUAUUAAGAUUAUAUCUUAUCUUCUUAGCCAUAGAAGAACAUGAAAGUGAAGUCCUCCAACUUGAAUGUAGCAUGGAAAGCUCUCUGCCAGGUGAACAAGAGCAAAGUCAUUCAGCAGGUACUGAUAUACCGGUAGUUGUUUAUGGUAGAUGGUAUUUUAUUAUGAAAGUUAAUAAUAUACAUGAAAAAAUUUCUCUCUGAAUUUGAUUGGCGUAGAGCAGUGUACUUUUUAGUAAACACAAUGCAAAAACAAGGAAACAUAAUGCAAAAAGAGAGAAAUGUAAUGCAAAUUUAUCAGAGAAUGAAAAACUGUGAUUGGGCCAAUAAACAAUAGAAAUUUAUCAGAACUAAUUAAGUGCCACAAUUUGCUGGUGGGAAGCAUGUAUACUUUUAAAACUUCCCCCUUUUUGGUGUAAUUAAUUAUGCUCUGUUGUCUUACCUAAGUAAUCUUUCCUUUUUCUUGUAACACUUUUUUUCUCAAUAUUUUAUUUUAUGAAUUUACCUGAUUAUUUUUAUUUAUUUAUUCAUUGUGGGUUGUUUUUGUUUUCAUUUUUGUAACCAAGAUUUUCAAAUUAAUAAAGGUGUGGGUGGGCGUGUGUGUGUAACAAAUAAGAAUGUUAAAACUUUCAUAUAUAUAUUUUUUACAUGGACUCAAAAGAGCAGCUAUAUAAUCAGUGAUUUUGUUACCUCUGCAUUCUACCUAUGUUCCUGACACAUAAAAAUCGCCAAAGACAUAAAAUAAUUCAUGGAUAUAUCGAUCUGAACGUGUGUAUUUGUAGAAAUAUCCCGUACGUGUAAUUUCUGUGGCAGUUAUGGUUGUUGUUUAGUGAUGCAUAUUUGUUUUAGCCUUUGUUGACUUCUGCUUUAAAAUAGAAGAACUAUAUUUUAAUUUCAGUAUACUAUAAUACAGAGUUUUGGAGUGUGUCUUCAGAUUAACUGUCUGUGGCUGGUACAUAAAGGCCCAAACAUUUUCCAUUUUCGACUCAUUUUUUUUAACUGGGACUCAUUGGUUCUGGACUGGGACUCAUGAUUUCUCACAAGAUGAGUCCCAGAAUUCAUAAUAUUUAUUUGUAACAAAAACACUGUAUAAUUCAUUGAUUAGACCUUUUGUCAUGUAAUUCAAGUGUUGUUGUUGUGGUAAACAUGACAAGUCAUCAUGUCUGUACUUAAUUCUCCAUGACUGGAUUGUAGGAUUUUUGUUCUGUUUGUAUUUGAUCGUGCAUUAUUAUUGUGGGAAAACUUACCUUAGGGUUGCAUUACUUUGACUAGGACAAAGUUAAAAUACAUUGAAUUCUCAUAGAGAUAAUUAUUUUUUUGGAUUAUAAUAAUGAGUUCAUUGGUUGGGUCACUCCCAUUAUAUUUGAUGACUGGUUUAUGAAAUAUCAGCACUUAGAAAAUGAUUGUCAAGGUUAUUAUCCGAAGUUUCAAAAGUAGAAAUAUUGUGUAUUUUCUAUUUGAAAUCAGGUUUUGAGAACACUUCCACAGAUACAGUUUUAUAAUAGUAAUUCUUGUACAGUUAUACAAGCAUGCAGUACUAGGGUGCGAAGAAAAGAAGGUCAGUUUUGUGCUUGUCCUUCGUGAAGGCUGUAGCUUGCAUCUGUUAGCCCAAGAAUCACAACUCUAUUAUCCCUCAGGCAAGAUAAAAAAUAGAAUCCACUAGCCCCAUAGCUUAUAUGAAUUGUGUAGUUGGUUAAUACAAAUAAUUCAUUUACUAGGAGAAGAGUUGGAACAACACACUCCUGCAGUAGAAAAUGGCCCAAUUGAGGGAGCAAGCAAUGUGCAGGAAACACAGCAACCUCUUCCAGAAGUAAAUAAUAGUAGCCACUUAGAAGAUGACCGCCUAAUUGCUACAGCAAGGGCAGUUGGUGUAGACUAUGAGUUUCCAAAGCCUGGUGAAGUGGAAACGGAGGAUGACAGAAGAAAAGAUUUUAUUUACUUGAAUCCAGUCCAUUCCUUUUUCUCUCCAACAACAAUGAUAUAUUUUAAAGAAACAUUGUUAUUAUAG